AUGAGCCAGCCAACUUCGCCAGUAGACAAAGAUUGGUUGAACAACGACUAUGAGAUCAAGGAACAAGACCGAUUCCUUCCGAUUGCCAAUGUCGGACGUGUGAUGAAAAAGGCUCUACCAUCCCACGCCAAAUUAUCAAAAGAAUCCAAAGAAUGUGUCCAGGAAUGUGUGUCUGAGUUUAUAUCUUUCAUAACCAGUCAGGCAGCAGACAAAUGUAAACUUGAAAAGAGAAAAACCCUAAAUGGUGAAGAUAUUCUCUGGUCAAUGUAUAUCCUCGGUUUUGAAAAUUAUGCUGAGACUUUAAAGAUUUAUCUAGCCAAAUACCGUCAAGUAAGUAAUUACACAACAUUUUUCAAAUGUCAAGAUCAAUACUAA